AUGAUCGCUGGGUAUGCCCAGCACGGGCUUGUCAGGGAAGCUCUCGGGGCAUACCAUUCCAUCGACUUGGAGGGGCAAGAGCCGAAUCACAGGACUCUCACCACGGUUCUUGGUGCCUGCUCGAGCUCUAGGGACUUGAAAACCGGAAAGAUGAUCCAUUCGCGAGCUAUUUGCUGUGGAUUCGACAAGGAAGAUCAAGCUCUGCAAGUAGCUGUUGUGAACUUCUACGUGAAGUGCGGGGCAGUGGCCGAUGCUCGACGAGUUUUUGAUGGCAUCGCACAGAAGAGCGUCGUGGUACAUACUGCCAUGAUUGGUGGAUAUGCACAACACGGGCAUAGCCGCGAGGCACUGGAGAUCUACCAUGCGAUGAACGUUCCGCCCAACAGAGUGACAUACUCCACUGUUCUAGCUGCGUGCUUGACUUUGGAGCAAGGAAAGGCGAUCCACCAGCGAAUUCUUGCAAGUAAGCUCGAGAACUCUGGCCUUGUUUUGGAGACUGCUUUGGUGAAGAUGUAUACUAGCUUUGAUGACUGUGCUUCUGCCAGGGGCGUGUUUGAUCGAAUGGAGCGGCGAGACUUGGUGGCAUGGAACACGAUGCUCGGUAUGUCCAGAGCGGUCAAGGGAAAGAAGCGCUGGAGCUGUAUGAGAUAUGAAGAUGGAUCCCGACUCCACAACUCUGUCGACGCUUCUCGGUGCGUGUUCUUUGCUGGGAGAUUUGUCAUCCGCUCGCUGGUGAACAUGUACGCCAAGUGUGGGAGCGUCGGGACCGCGAGAGAAGUUUUUCACGCAUUCCGAGCUGGUUUUGGCGCAUCGUCCGUGCUCUGGAACACAAUCCUCGCGGCGCUGGCUCACACCGGAGACUCAAGCCAGAGCCUGGAGUUGCUGCUGGAAAUGGAGCUGGAGGGUGUGACCCCGGACUCGACCACUUUCGUGUGUGCUCUCGUGGCCUGCAACCAUGCCGGGCUUCUCCAGCGGGGUAAGCUCUUGUUCCAGAUCUUGGUGUUGGAUCACUCCUCGCGGCCGAGCUUGGAGCACUUCCUGUGCAUGGCUGAUCUUCUAGGACGAGCAGGGCGCGUGGAUUUUGCUCGGGAAGUGGUGGAGGGAGAAGCGGAUGCUGUGGCUUGGAAGGCGCUGCUGGGAUCAUCCAGAGGUAGCAUCGAUCUGGAAAAAGCGGCUUUUGCCGCACAGAGGCUUGUGGAAAUGGACGAGGAGCUUGGACAGGCUUUUGUGCUGCUCUCCAAUGCUUUCUCCUCGGACUCUCACGUUUUGUAGUUUAAAAGUGAGCGCCAUGGACUUUGGGACGAGUGGGACAAAUAGGAUGUUGCAUUGCGAGGAGUUGACGAGGAAAACGAGCAAGAGAAACCAAAGCCAGUGGCAUCAAAGUCUAAAGAAAAUGACUUUGUGGCCAAAGGUGUUCCACAGAGGCAUUCUUCAAUCUAAGCUUCCAUCAUCAA